CCUUCUCCUGCAAGAUGUCGGGCGAGCACGAGAGUUCGGACGGCGGCCAUCGAAUCGGCACGACAGUGUCGGGCAUGGUUAAGUAUCCGGAGGAGGAACAGGUACUUUUCAAGAAUUCUCCCUUCUUCUUGUACUGCAAGAUGGCGGGCGUGAAAGAGAGGUUGGGCGGCCGCCAUCGAAUCUUCACGACGGUCGGGGUCAACAAUCCGGAGGAGGAACUGGUCAUCCGAUUUUUUAACGACAUAUAUGAGAUGAAUCAAUAUCUUCUCGAGCUCAAGAGUGAUUGUCCUGUCGAGAUGACGGAUAUUGAAAAGCGGGUCUAUCAUAUGGCCGUCGAGAAUAUGGGCCGUGAGCUCAUCGAUGGCAUCAGACGUAAUUACAUUGAUCCGACCAGCUAUGAUCUGUUAAAGCCGCUCAGCGGUAAGAAACCCCUCUUUGGUAAAAUGGUGGAAAUGCUGGAUCAGUUUACAAUGGAUGAUAUGCACAAGAGAGCAGUUGAGAAGCUCAUGGUCUACGAUCCCAAGAGGAAGGUUCGUGUCCCUAGCAGGUUCUGCAGCUUCCACCUGGCCGGAUUCAACCUUGAUGAGGAGUCUACUGCUCAACUUGGGCCACCGUAUGAACCCUCAUUGUCAUCCCCAGAGACGGGGUUGACUAAUUAUGUUACAGCAGAUGCACAUUAUAAGCUGGCGAAUUAUUGCACCGACGUUGUUUCCAUUAGGGUUGUCAAAGCUGGUCCACAGUACAGAUACCCAGUCAAGGUUUAUGGGAAAGUUAUCGCCAGGGAUGAGAUUGACUACAAAUGUGUCUAUCUGUUCAACCGUGAAAGAAAGGAUGCCCAGACUAUCACUUCAGAGAAGGAUAUGUUAGCUCUGACAGGUCCAUGCCGAGCAUUGGUUACAUUAGGCUUUAUGUAUUUUGAGUUCGAUUUAAAGGUCAAUGACGAGGAUGAGCCUGACAAAGAGGUGCAGUUUAGCAAAGGUGUAAUACCGUAUUAUUGCAAAGCAGAUCGCAAGCGCAUCAUCUUGCAGCUACCUAGUUUCCAGAGUACAGUGAAAUUGGUAUUGCAACAUGUGGACCUUCCGGUGGCAGCUAGCAUUGAAGUCAGUGUCCAACAAGAGAACGAUGGCCCGUUUGUUGGUAAAAUAACAGCUGGGACAACUAGAAGUUAUAUGCAGCAUACAGUUCUAUAUGAUAGUAGUGUGCCAUCUAGCGAGGGCUUGUUGAGAGAAAAUGGCGCUCUUGCGCUAAAUCGAAACCUGGUAGCUGUCAACGGGUAUGUAGGAGACCCUGCGCUUGAGGAAGAUGAAAAACUGGUGCUCUAUGUUUGUUUUCUUGAUGCUGAUCAUGAGAUCGAGGAUGAGGAUGAGGAAGACCCUGAGCCUGAGGAUGAUGAUGAUGAGGAGGAGGAGGAGGAGGAGGAUGCUGAUGAUGAGGAGGAGGAUGAUGAGGAAGGGGAUGAGGAAGAGGAUGAGCAAGAAGUCUAUAAGAAUGUUGUCGCACUAAAAUGUCCUCUACGGGUGGCUGUUUGGGAGUACGGUGGCCGCAAACUGCAAGUGAAGGUCAAUUGGACUGCCAUUCUUGAUAGCCCGAAGGAUACUGAUUUCUUCCAUAGGCAGGCUUGUCUUCCAGCUGGUUGCUCAUUUGAUUAUCGUUGGGGUACUGUCUUUGACUGAGAAUGACUGUACGUCUAGGUUUGCUUACACAAAUAUUUGUACAGCUGUUUGGUGAUCGAUAAAUGAUUUGAUGCAUUUGUACUUUUUCUUUUGGCUUUAUGCGUGAGCCUCAUGCCUUCUCACAUGUCAUGGAGUGAUAUACUCCUAUUCGGUAAACUUGGCAGCUAAGCCUAAUUUUAUGAGUAUAGCAGUCCUAUC